GAAGGGAAUGUGUGCGUUGUGGUGUGUUGAAUCAUGGCUGCAUCAACAGUCAACAGUAAUAGCCGUCACAAAACGCAAAAAUGCAGCGAGAAGCUGCCUUUACAAGACAGAGAGAUUAUUAAACCCUCCAUAACAGAGCUCACCAAAGAAGUGCGGACCAACAUUCUUUGUACGGUGGAAGGAUGUGGGAAGAUUCUGCCUAAUACUCCAGCCCUCAACAUGCAUCUGGUUAAGUCCCACAGAAUCAAGGAGGGUCUGGUCAACCCUACAAUCCGAAAGGACAUUAAAGAAUCACAAAAGCUCUACUGUUGCCCAAUAGAAGGCUGCCCAAGAGGACCAAACAGACCCUUUUCUCAGUUUUCACUUGUUAAACAGCACUUUAUGAAGAUGCAUGCAGAAAAGAAGCACAAGUGUUUGAAGUGUAGUAAUGGCUACAGCACUGAGUGGGACUUGCGGAGACAUGCUGAGGAUUGUGGGAGGACAUACAGCUGCACAUGUGGUUGUCCUUAUGCCAGUAGAGCAGCACUGCUGUCUCAUAUCUACAGAACAGGCCACGAGGUUCCCAAAGAGCACAGGUAUCCACCAGUGAAGAAGAGGAAAAUGGAAAGAUUGUCAAGCAGUGCAACAAAUUGUAUGCCUGAUGAACUAAUAAAUGAAAUUCCAGACUGUAAGAAAAAGAUCAGUGAAGGAGUAGUCCCUACCAUCUUAGUCACUGGAGCCUCAGACACAGCACAACACAACACGAACCACCCUAGAAACCCCCAGAAACUCCUUCUCCCAAAGCCCAAAGUGGCCCUAGUCAACGUUCCUAUUAUGCAGUUCACCCACCUGCCUGUUCUCCUCCCCUCUGCGGAAAGUAGUGCCUUGAGGUCACUGGUCUUGUCUGUGGAUGCACAAGGGUCCGUAAGCACUGUGCAUAUUUUGUCACCGCCGGUCGGCACAGUGGUGCCUGAUGUGAACAAUAAGACUUUGAAAGAGGCCUUUCCUGUACAUACAUCAGGCCCAGAAACAACUAGCACAGGAGUACAGGUCAAUCUUGAGAGUCAAGCCUCUGUGGGAGAUCCAGUGGAUCUUGGAUCCAGAAACAAAAGCACUUCAACAAACAUUCAAACUGACAUAUCAUACCUCAACAAAGGAAUGGAUGCUGGACCACUGACUGUUUCCCCUUGCUGUGAGGCCUCGGUGUCCUCUUGCUCUCAGACAGACAUCAGCGUAAGCGCUCAGAUUCAACUGCCUGUUAAUGUGCAAACCCAGACGCUACCCUCACGAAUCAAAGCCACAUUUUCCAUUGGAGCACAGACAGAUGUUUUCAGUUUCUCUUCCUUUAAUGUGACCCGAGAAACGCAAACGAGCUGUUCUGCAGCCCCUGUGGAUGAAAGCCAGAUGGACCAAGCAAUGUGCACAAAUCUUUUUGAUACUGAUACUCUCAGUGUCUCCACUCAGACUGCAGCUGCUGAUGCACAUUUCAGAACCAGUGGUUUAGAAGAUCCUCUGACCAGCACUGGAGCUGGGCUUUUUGAGGACAAGACUACUGCAUCCAUGUGUUUUGGAGCCCAGACUGACAUUUUGCACCAAAACACAGUAGCAGACAACCAGACUCAGACCAUGAUACUUUUCCGUGACCUUGAGAAUAUACUUUCUGACAGCAUGGCUGGAGCUGCUUCGAGCUGUGCUUCAGGUUUAGUUGCUACGCAUGAACCGCAUCACACUGGUAUUGACUUUGACUUUGAAGAGUUCCUUAAUGCAACACACAUUCAGACCCAGACAGAAGAAAGUGGUUUGAACAGUCUGAACACAGAGACAACUUUGGAACUCCUAGACAUUGAGACACAGACCGACUUCCUGCUCUUUGAAAACCUUGGUAAUGGGCACAACAGUGAUGUUGGAACAAGGGUGCAACCAAGUGAUCUGGAACUUGAGAUGUUUGACACUCAAACCCAGACAGACCUCAACUUCUUGCUAGACACGAGUGGACACAUGCCCCUUGGCAGUAUCCUCAGACAGUCUAGUUUCAGCAUGAGCACGGAGUCCUCAGACACAGAAACACAGACUGACAUCCGACCUGCUCCACUUUCACUGCCGUGCUCCCAUGAUGGGCAGGUGAGGCUCAGCAGUGCUGAAACCCAGACCAUCUCCAGUUCCUUUCAGAGUCUCGGCCAACUCUUUCACACUAGCAAUGAGACCCAAACAGCAGUGGACGACUUCCUUUCAGCAGACUUGGCCUGGAACAUGGAGUCUCACUUUAGCUCGGUGGAAACCCAAACAUGUGAGGAGCUCCUCUCACUAUUUCGACACAAUGGGAAAACUAAGAGCUGAAAGCUCCAUCAAAGGUGAUUUGGUUGAUUUAGGUCACAUAAUGGAGUCAUUCCUAGGAUCUCCCUCAGCAAGGCUGGCAGAACUUUAAAAUGGUCUCCACAAUAAGGUAUUGCAUAUCUGCCCAAGUCUAAGGAUGUAUAAAUGUAUCUUCACAGCACUUUAUCAUGUCACUUUUAAUUUGUUAGUCCUAAAAGUAUUUCAUUUGUUGCAGUAGGUCAGGUCAAAGCCUCUUGUGGGGAUGUGUAAUAAGUUGGUACUGAUGUUACUCAGAAGUCAGACAGAUAUGAUAAACAUUCAUUCCACAACUAAAAUAUAUUGUAUUACAGUCUGAUAUUGUUUAGAUGUCUUGAGUCUUAUUGUCUUUGUACAUGGUAUUUUUUUUAACCUUGUUUGCUUUGUGGUAUGAACAAACUUGUGUUACAUUUAUUAGUGCAAUGCUCUAGUCUCAUAUAAUAGCCACUGUGAGUAUAUCUAGGUCUUGAUUCAUGACAGAAUUCAUGCAAAUAUUUCUUGCUGACUGUUAUGGCGGCAUAAUUUAAUCGUUACAUCCUACAUCAGUGGAAUUUGAAUCUUAUGCAUGUUUCAGAUGUCACAUUUCCUUCUAAAGCGGAGGUGGGGAUUUGCUCUUGUUUACUGUGAUUUGCAUUCUGUACUGUGAGUAGAUUCAAAUAAGCAAAUUGCAAAUGUUUACUGUAAAACAAAACCUUUAAUAUUUCUUUUGAAAGCAAGUAUCAGUUUUGAUGGAAUAUGUUAAUCUCUCCUUAUGAUUUCAAGUAACAGUUUACACAUAUAUGGUAUUACAAACCUUUUGUUGAUGCCUUAAUUUA